CGUUGUUGUCUAAAUCUGGUUGAUGAGGCUCACCCUGAUCCGAACGACUACGAUCAACCCGGAACUUUUAAGUCAUCUAAUAAUUCUUGAAAACUUUUUACAAGGAUCUUCAUCCUGCUUAGCCGACGAGUUCAGAUAGUUCUCAAGAAAACCCCCCCUAUUUUCUGGGAACUCAAUCUUGUUCAUUGUGAAGGAAAAGAUAACAGCUGCAAAUGUUUGUGGCUUCAACAGCGGCGGUUCCUGCAGGACAGUAGCCCUCGACUUGUCUUUUCAAAGCAGCUAGGGAGUGGUGGAAUCAAGAGGUGCCAAAAUGCCACAGCAGAAGGACAUAGUAAAGAUAGCCAUCCAGAUGCCUGGGGCCUACCCCCAGCUUAUACAACUGGACCAGAAAAAGCCUCUGUCUGCUGUUAUAAAGGAGGUGUGUGAUGGCUGGAAUCUCCUAGGUCCUGAGAACUACGCUCUGCAAUAUGCUGACGGAGUGCAGACCUACAUCACUGAAUCAAAUCGCCUGGACAUUAAGAACGGCUGUAUCCUACGUCUGACCAAGGCACCGGGUCGCUGUGCAGAGGACUUGUUUAAGGGCAUCCAGAGCUCAGACUCAGGUGUGCGCUGCGACUCACUGAAGGAACUGGCGAGUGUUUCCACAGACAUGACCUUUGCUCAAGAGUUCAUCAGCCGAGACGGACACCUCUUGUUGGUCAAGAUAGUAGAAGAGUCUAAUGAGAGUAAUGUAAUCAUGACCCACACACUGAUAGCCUUCAUGGAAUUGAUGGAUCAUGGGAUAGUUUCUUGGGAGAACCUCUCAUCUGUCUUCAUCAAGAAGAUUGCCAGCUUUGUCAACGACAAGCCAACAGAUGCAUCAAUACAGCAGGUGUCCUUGGACAUCCUGGAGAGUAUGGUGCUGAGCAGCCACAGCCUCUUCCUGCAGGUCAAACAGGAAGUCACCUUGGAGAGGCUUAUCGCUCACCUCCAGGUGACAAAUCAGCAGAUACAGACCAAAGCCAUGGCCUUGCUUAUGGCCCUACUACAGACAGCUGGGGAUGCACACAGACAGGCUAUGUUUGACUUCCUGAAUAAGAAGAAUCUCCGUCAAUACAUUUAUAAGAACAUCAUCCAUAGUUCUGGUUCGGUCCAGGAUGAGAUGGCCCACUACCUCUAUGUCCUACAGUCAGUUACUUUGAACCACAUGGAGCCGCGCAUGAGGACACCUCUGGACUGUUACAGCCAGGAGCAGAGAGACAUGCUGCACCAUUUGCGACAAGCAGCGUUUGAGACAGACAGCGAGAACAGUCUGAGCCAUGAGAGAAGACGCUCGCUCUGCGCUAAAGAGUUCAGGAAAUUGGGGUUCUCUAACAACAGUAACCCUGGUCAAGACUUGGUGAGGACGCCUCCUGGUCUUUUAGCUUUGGACACCAUGGACUAUUUUGCUGAACGCUAUCCAGAUGCUUACAGCAGGUUUAUUCUGGAGAACAGCAGCAGGGAGGACAAACACGAGUGUCCGUUUGCCAGGAGCAGCAUACAGCUUACACUUAUUUUGUGUGAAAUUCUUCGUAUUGGAGAGCCACCCUCAGAGACAGGAUCUGACUACCACCCCAUCUUCUUUAGUCAGGAUCGGCUGUUGGAGGAGCUUUUUUGUGUCUGCAUUCAGCUAGUCAACAAGACCUGGAAGGAGAUGAGGGCCACACAGGAGGACUUUGACAAGGUGAUGCAGGUGGUGAGGGAGCAGAUCACCAGGACGUUGUCCAGUAAACCAACCUCCCUAGAGCUCUUCAAGAACAAAGUUAACGCACUCAACUACAGCGAGAUCCUCAAACUGCGGCAGACAGAGCGGCUGCACCAGGAAGAGACUCUCGCUCCACCCGUACUUGAGCUCAAAGAGCGCCUGAAGCCAGAGCUACUGGAGUUGAUCCGCCAGCAGAGACUCAACAGGCUGUGUCAGGGAACAAUGUUCAGGAAGAUCAGCAGCCGGCGCAGACAGGAUAAACUGUGGUACUGCCGCCUGUCGCCCAAUCACAAGAUGCUUCACUAUGGCGAUGUUGAGGAAGACACAGAAAAUCCACCAAUUGAAACACUGCAAGAAAAGAUUCCAGUAGCAGAUAUCAAAGGUUUGCUGCUAGGAAAGGACUGUCCUCACAUGAAAGAGAACAAAGGCAAACAGAACAAGGAGGUGCUGGACCUGGCAUUCAGCAUCACAUAUGAUGUAGAGGAGUACAGCUUGAACUUCAUUGCUCCCUCCAGAACUGAUUUCUGCCUGUGGACCGAUGGACUGAGUGUCCUCCUUGGCCGGGAAAUGAGUAGUGAAUCCAUGCGCAGCGAGCUGGAGAUCCUCCUCUCUAUGGAGAUCAAGCUCCGCCUCCUGGACCUCGAGAACGUCCCAAUCCCCGACAGUGCACCGGUUGUCCCCAAACCUCCGAGCAACUACAACUUCUGCUACGACUUCAGCCAGACCGAGCAGUAAAGGGUGCGCAGGCUGGAGUGCUACUAAGAGGCAUGAAUGUGUAAGUGCAUGUUUGUGUGGAUGUGGUGAGAUCUGACCUGUGUAUCCACGUACUCAUUCCUGUAACACGGAUUUAUAACUCGCCUGUGGCCUGGUCAGCGACAUGCAAGUGAAACCAAGACCAGGAGAAAUCAAGCGGAAAGACUCGCAUGUCUCUUAAACUACAGUUGCGACUGCGGCUAAGAAUCACUACCUGAUGACUAAUCGGCUGGCCUAAUGCUGCAGAUCAUCACUCCGUGUGGGGUGGAAAUGUCUCGCUGAUCUUGGUUAGUUAAUGUCCAGCUGGCCUCCCUCCUGCACUGCACCUUUUCAGCUGUCUGGAAACUACAGCAACUGAGAUGCGUGACAAUGUUACACAAAUACUAGACCACUCACGUUAUGGUACUUUAAGUUUUGUCUUGUUUUUUAAUCACUUUUAUAUUUUUAAAUAUAUGUAAACCUACAAGGAAUAUUCCUGCAUGGGGCUGCUUGUGCAAAUUUCUAUAAUUUUUUUUUUGUUUUUUCUCCAUGGGCAUUAUGUAGAACAAAACCCUUCCAACACUUGACCGAAUGUUUUCAGUGUAUGGAUCUUACUAUGGAGCAGAAAUGCUCCAAGCUCGGUAUGACUUGUUCUUAGCAUUAAGAUCGGCAUUAGGUACCAAGCUGACCUUUUCCCCCUUUUUGUUACGCAUAACAAUAGCCUGUUGUACAUUUGCACCAAUCAAAAA